UGCGUUCCAAACGUGCUUCUGUGCUUCUACGGGAUUUCGUUGCUCAUCAUAUUCGACACUUGAGCCCAUCUCUGUCUCGAUCCGCUUUAGUGUGUUCCUCAGGACAGGAGCCACGAUCUUACCGCGAUGCCAUGAAUGAUCCUGGCUGGCGUCAGGCUAUGCAGGAUGAAAUCUGUGCACUUGAAAAUAAUCAUACUUGGGUCUUGGAACCCCUUCCUCCCGAAAAGCGGGCUCUUGGGUGCAAAUGGGUACAUAAAAUCAAAUACCUUUCUGAUGGUUCUGUAGAACGUCUUAAAGCGCGAUUGGUCGUACUCUCCUCGCCGUCGCCGCCGCACGCAAUUGGGAAUUACAUCAGAUGGAUGUCCACAACGCAUUUCUACAUGGCGAUCUAGGUGAGGAGGUUUAUAUGAAACCACCUCCUGGUUUCUUCUCUUCUCGGCCCGGGGUGGUAUGUCGCUUGCAAAAAUCUUUAUACGGCCUUCGACAGGCACCCCGCUGUUGGCUUGCCAAGUUAGCUGCAGCUUUGAAAUCAUAUGGGUUUUCUCAGUCCUAUUCUGACUACUCAUUAUUUUCCCUACAACGCGGAUCAGUACAUUUGCAUGUCUUAAUUUAUGUGGAUGAUUUGAUUCUUGCUGGCAAUGAUUCUAGCGUUAUCGCUCAGUUUAAAUCCUACCUGCAUUCAUGUUUUCAUAUGAAGGAUUUGGGGAUGCUUAAAUAUUUUCUUGGCAUAGAGGUAGCUCGAAAUUCCGAGGGUCUUCUUCUUUGCCAGCGAAAAUAUACGCUGGAUAUUAUUACUAAAACUGGUCUUCUUGGUGCCAAGCCUGUUGAUUUUCCCAUGGAACAGAAUCAUGCUCUGGCUGCUUCCAUGAGUGACUUAUUAGCUGACCCUGACUCUUAUCGACACCUGGUUGGUCGGCUCAUUUAUCUCUCUUUUACUCGACCGGAUCUCGCCUAUGCGGUUCAUAUUUUAUCCCAG